AGUCUCCCAGGAUGUUUGUUGCCUCCUCCCACUGCAAGCCACCGAAUCCUGUAAUAGUGUCUGGUGCUCGCAUGGUGCAUAGCUUCUUUGCUUCUCUUCCAUCACUUCAACCGUCCCCCUUCACCUUCUCUCUGCUCUUCAUUAUUCACCUCAAGUUCACCGCCAUAAAUGUCGCAACCAAAUCCCAUUGUAUUUUUUGAUGUCUCCAUUGGCGGCAGACCAGCUGGCCGCAUGAAGAUGGAGCUCUUUGCGGAUGUUGUGCCAAAGACCGCCGAGAACUUUAGACAACUCUGCACAGGCGAAUAUAAAAAGAACGGUGUGCCACAGGGAUACAAGGGAUGUACAUUUCACAGAGUCAUCAAGGAUUUCAUGAUCCAGGGCGGCGACUUCCUCAAGGGCGAUGGUACAGGAUCAAUGAGUAUUUACGGCGAAAAGUUUGCGGACGAGAACUUUACGAUCAAACAUACGGGACCAGGAUUGCUGUCCAUGGCCAACAGUGGACCAAACACAAACGGAUGCCAGUUCUUUAUCACGUCAACGAAAACAGAGUUUUUGGACGGACGGCAUGUGGUAUUCGGAAAGCUGAUUGACGGACUGUUGACGCUUCGCAAGAUCGAAAACGUGCAGACUGGACCGAACAAUAAGCCCAAGUUGCAGGUUGUUAUUACCGAGUGCGGGGAAUAUUAGACCGCUCAAUGGGAUCGCUGCCGAUACGAACAUGUGGAUCACAAUAAUAAUAAAAAAAACAAAGAUGCAGUAGC